GGUCACGCAACCAUCAUCAAGGAAGGGCGAGUGUAGAGUUUCACACUACACUAGAAUUCGUUGUUUUCGCCACGUUUCACCGGAUCCGUGCAGUCUGGGAGAUGGUCGACGCUCGUUAACUAGGAAUCCUUGUAAAGAUGGGUCUUGUAGGAAUGUUGAUGACCUUGGUGUUGCUGUUCUUAAGUGCUCUAGAUGUUAUAUUCUUCUUUCUGCCAUCUCCAAUUGAUCCUAAACCAGUUGUCAGUGGUUUUGAAAAGAAGAGUCCAAAGUUUGAAGGAGUGUUGGAAGUGAAUACCAUCUUAGCACAGACACAAAGAUUGUAUGCAGGACAGCUAGUUGGACCAGAAUCUCUAGCCGCAGAUAGUACAGGAACUCUAUACACUGGCUUAGCAGAUGGUAGAAUUGUGAAGCUUGAGGGAGACAAAGUGGUAGAUGUUGUUCGCACUGGCAAACCCCCAUGUGGCACUGAAGAGCUUGAGCCCAUGUGUGGUCGUCCAUUAGGGAUGCGCUUUGACAGAUAUGGAAUCAACUUGAUAGUGGCUGAUGCGUAUUUUGGUCUGCUUGAAGUGAAUCCCAAAGCCAGAACAGUGAGCACGCUGGUACCUCCUACACCAGGAAUUAAUGGAAAGCCCUUUCGAUUUGUUAAUGAUCUGGACAUUGCACGAGAUGGUACCAUCUACUUCACAGAUACAAGUUCUAAGUGGCAAAGGCGACAUUUCCGACACUCCAUCUUUGAAGGAGAUAACAGUGGGAGACUAAUUGCAUACCAUCCCAAGACGGGUGACAUGGAAGUACUAAUGGAGGGACUUCACUUUGCUAAUGGUGUCCAGAUUUCACCGGAGGGAGACCAUUUGCUAGUAGUAGAAACACUUACAGCUAGAAUAAUGAAGUAUUACAUUAAGGGAGAACAUGAGGGCAAAUCGGAAGUUUUUGCCCAAAACCUGCCUGGAUUGCCAGACAACAUCCGGCUGAGUAGUAAAGGGGGCUAUUGGGUUGGAUUUGCUUUGAUACGAACAGACUUCAGUGACCUGAUCACACAGUAUCCUAGGGCUAGAAGCUUUAUAGCUAAGGUGUUUUCUCUGCCAUGGAUAGCAAAUACCGUAACUCCAAAACAUGGUCUUUUAGUGGAGCUGAAUGAGAAUGGUCAAAUCACCAGGAGCUUUCAUGAUCCAACGGCCAGUGCUAUAUCUGGAAUCAGUGAAGUGCAUGACGACGGUGAUGUGCUGUACUUUGGUAGCUUCAAGUCCCCGUUUGUUGGCAAGCUUGUUUUAAAGGACUGAUUCAGUGGAUGAAAUCGCGCCCACAUGUCACAGCGUUUUUGGGCAGCCCGCAUUUUUCUCGCGGGGAAAUAACAUGAGAAUCACAGUUUGAAAGGAAGAGUUUCCUGCAACAGAGAGCCGCAGAGAGAUAGCGAAGACGGAGACAUGGAGUUGAUAUUUACGUUUAUUUUCAAGACAGUGUAACUGAAUCAGAACAUGAAAGAGAACAGCAGAGAGCAAGAAUUACAUAACCGAUUUUUUUGUUAUUUGGUUUCUGGACAACAAUUUUACAUGUGUGCAUUGAAAGUAGGGAAAAAUUUCACAAACCAUUGAGUUUGGAUGAUCUGGCAUUGUUUGGGAAUAUCUGGUGAAUAUCAAAUGAUUAAAAAACCUACUUAUUUGUGCUA